UAUAAAACGAGGUAAACUGGCUAUACUGACACUGUGCCUUUGAAUGCCACUCGCUUUUGCUACUUAAGAAUUCGGUCUGUGUCUGAUUAUUUUGUAACUAUGGGACUGGAAUUGCACCUGGACUUGUUGUCCCCUCCCUGCAGAACAGUUUACAUCUUCGCCAAGAAGAAUGGCAUUCCGUUCGAAUUCAAGGAAGUGGAGCUUAUGAAAGGGGACCAUAUGUCUGAGGAGUUUGGGAAGGUGAACCCUGUAAGGAAAGUUCCAGCUUUGAAAGAUGGAGACUUCACCCUGGCUGAGAGUGUUGCAAUUCUGCUGUACUUGGCCAGAAAGUACAAGGUUCCUGAUCACUGGUAUCCUGCCGACUUGGAAAAACGUGCAAAAGUUGAUGAGUUCAUGUCCUGGCAUAUUACUACACUCCGUCAACAUACAGGAAAAGCUUUCUGGCUAAAGACUAUGGCUGUUGCACUUUUGGGGAAGCCGCUUCCACCGGAGAAGAUAGAAGCAGGAUUGCAAGAGCUCCAUGCAACCCUGAAGCAGCUAGAAGAGUUAUUCCUGCAGGACAAGCCCUUUGUCACGGGGGACAAGAUUUCCUUGGCUGAUCUGCUGUCAAUCUGCGAUAUAAUGCAGUCUUUUGGCGGUGGCCAUGAUGUUUUUGAGGGACGUCCUAAGUUGGCUGCUUGGCAUCAGCGUGUUGAAUCCGAAAUAGGAGUGGAAUUGUUUACAGAGGCAAACAGGGGAAUCCAGAAUGCCAAAAGCUUUUCUGAACAAAAAAUACCUCCUGAAGUUGCAAAACGUUUGAUGGUUAGGCUGCAGCAUCAUCUUGGACAACACUGAAGUCUACAAGAAUGAAAUAUUCCCAUCCUUUCCCAUUUAUCUUCCAACUUGCAAGAUUGGAUUUGUCAAAGUUUCUCUAUUUGUACAGUUUUUACUGGCUGUUUUUUUCAUGUAUAAACCAUACUGCUACAGGCCCUAUAUGUAUUGGACACAGAUGAUGAAUGAGAUGCAUUCUAUGUAUUUCAUUUCUUAGUGGAGAUGGUCAGUAAAUGUACUUGGUGUUCUGUGAUUAUGCUAAAUUCACCAGUUCAUUUUGUAAACAUCCAGGGUAGCUAGAAACCUAUUGGACAAAUGCCUACUAGUGUUAAUUACUAGCUGAAGAAAAGCUACUGCUAUUUGCUGAUGAAAUUUCCAACAGAAUGGAACUCGGACCAUGAAAACCUAGUCUGAUUUUAAUCCUUGUUGUCCAGAUUAGAGUCUGAUUAAAAGUGGCAUAAACUUCACAUGAA